GAUGCAUACCACAUCCACAUUGCAAAUAAUAUUCCUACUAUAGCAGCGUCAAAAUUCACAACAUUGAAUAAUAAAAGCAAUGUUUCAUUGGGAUUUUCAAAUUAUUCUACAUUGAUUCAGCAGUCAUUUUCAUCUGGUACUCAGUCGAACUCAUCAUCUUCCGAGGCAUCUGAAACUACAUACAGUGAUAACACUGAAGAAUCUGAUUAUAGAGUGAAUAAUUUAAGCGAAAAAGAUGGAAACUUUUUCUUUUCGCCUGAUGGAGAUAAUGAAGUGGAAUUACCUACUGAUAGCAUUAUAUUGCCUC